CCGGUGGAACGACCGCCGGAAGCAGUUGAAAGCGGCCGCUGACGGCAUCGGGGCUUGACUCGACCACGAGUAUCUGCCGUGGUCCCGCUGAUGGGACAGUCGCGACGCGUAACAGUUGCUCGAAGCCCCGCUCCGGAAGAAUAUUAAGAAACCUUAAAGGUUGGGACGAGAGGUUCGCGGCUGAGAAACCGUUAGUAAGCGAGCCGGAUUGUGGUUGAGAGGGAGUAACCUUACCCGAACCAUGAAACCGAAUCUGCUUCCGCCACCCAUGGCGACCGGUGCCAUCGACCUGUUGCAGGAGAUGCUCCUCGAGCGUGGGGCCAUCCGGGCCGACUUUACGCUGUACUUUAUGGACCAGCGUCGGAAUCUGCUGCUGGUUCCGGAACAAGGCAAGUGCGACGCCGACGCGGCCCGCUUUCGCAACACCGGCAACCGGCUCUAUCUGGACGGGAAGUAUGAGGAAGCUUUGGUGUGGUACAACCGGAGCAUCUGCUUCGCGGAGAAGAGGACGGACCAGCCGGCCACGGGAAUCGGUCGGCGGUUUACUACGAGCAGGGCGAGUACGAGUUUGCACUGUACAACAUCGAUCUUGCCAAGAAGCAUGAUUAUUCGGCAAAGUUGUUGCAAGUAGCAGAUUGCUGUUGGCCGUUCGAAGGGCACGGUUCCAAGUCCGCGGAUGGACAUUAAUGUGGACACCCACCCAAAGAUUCCCUUUCUGGCCAAGGGAAUAAAGGUUGAUCACCGGCAAAUCCUAGUUGCCGGAAAGGACUUUAAUCCGGGGACGUGAUUAUGGAUUGACUUU